AGAGAGAGAGCGGUCGUGGCGCGCGCUCCUCCUUCAUUCUCCGUCAGCCACGCAUACACUCGCAGAGCCGCGGUCCGUGGGUGCUGCACAGCCGUCAGAGACUUUGACUUCUCAAUUAACGCGCGGCGUUGGACUACCGACGAGAGAGGCCGAAGAAUCAAGCGACAACUGGGGCAGAAGAAAGUCGAUUUUUAGACUAAAACGUCUCUUGUUGCUGUGGCCUUAAAGGACGUAAAUGAUGGAGACCAAACUCUGGUUUGCCCUGUGUGCGCUGCUGCUCGUUAACUUGGCAGUGGCCGAACACGAUAAUGGCAACGUCACUGCUAAUACUGCUCCCAGCCAAGCUGCCCCAACACCAAAUACUGUCACGACCAAGUCCAGCACCGCCAGCACGCCUGCAGUCGGGAAAAACAUCACUCUGACACAUACGCCAAAGAACCAGAGCGAACCAACACCUUCUAUUGUGAGCAACGCCACCACCUCUCACCACCUCCCCACCACCAACGUGACAAACCCCUCACUCCAAAACCACACUGAGAACGAGAACGCCACGAGCCCCGCGCAACCCGCACACGUGCCCACCUCCACAUCCCUGCAGCCCCAAACGAACGCAUCCUCUCCUGCCGCGAAUGCCACGGAGCCAGCGGAGCCUAAAACCAGCCCCUCGGCUACAACCAGCAACACAACAAGUCCAGCAAACAGCACCCACCCCCUGCAGGAGCAGCCCACCAACAAGACACAGACUCCCUUAACGCCGCAGGCACAGGCCACCACUACGCAGAGCACGUCCACCAUCAGCCCAGCAGGCAACUCCACCACUGCGAUCAAAGCCAGCGCAUCGCAGCACAACGCGGGGGGCAACACGACAAUGUCCAGCCAGUCUUCCACUCUGAACUCGCUCCAGGCCGGCUUGGUGUCAGCCUUCGUCAUCGCCGCCGUCGUAAUCGCUCUACUCCUCUUCCUGAAGCUGCGCCGAAGAAACAGCCGACCAGCGUUCCGCAGGCUGCAGGAGGUACCUAUGGAUGAAAUGGAAGACACGCCUUUAUCCAUGUACACCUACUGAUAGAGUCCUUCAGCCCAGGACGAUGCCACCGCAGUGGACGAACCUGGCUCCGCUUCCUUAAUCGGCACCAUGCAGAAUGUCGUCUCGGUAGAUGUAAGCGAAUCUGGAUUGCUUUCAUUUAUCCAGAUCACUGACGGGGAGGAAUGGACUUCCCGUCGUGGGCGAAAGCUUCGCCCACGAUCCGGUCCUUUUGGAGGAAAGUUAAUAUUGGGUUUCUAAAUUACAGAUUAGGUCAACAAUCAAUUAAGAAGUUCAACUUUUGGAAUUGUGUGAUAUAUUUGUAGGUCCCUAAGUUUAAGGGUGUAAAGCAGGAGCUGCCAUCAUCCAUCACAGUGAGGGACAAAUUCAAUCUGUCCUGAUAGACUUUUCCCCGAAGACACUGGUCUCGUUUCCUUAAACUAAUGCUCUGAGUCUGGUCCAACAGGCCGACUGGGAGACAAAUGAGAAGAUAAAUGAACGUAACAAAUGACCUGAGCAUAGUGUUAAUGGGGUUGCACUUUAUUUUUUCAGGAAUGGGGAGAAACGGAUCAAAUUGUUUUGAGCAUUUGGCUCGUAGUUGUAAAUGUAGUCUGCGUGUAUGCACACGUGUGAGCCUGUUAGCGCUUGUGCGGCUUCUUGGGAAGCAGAACAAGAUUUAAAAAGCUUGCUUUUCUGUGUUAAAGGUCCUCUUGCCUGUUCGCCUGCUUUCGACAUGUGCGGAGCAUGUUUUGUGCUUUAAAUCUAAGAGAGUGCCUUACACAGCGUAGCGUCAGGUUUGGAUGAGUAUUUGUACCAGCUAACAGAAGGAUCAGCCCUUCUCCCAGCUUUGUGCGGCUCCUGUAGCGCUCAGGGCCUGAUAGCUGCUCCGACUUGUCUGCGUUUGAAGACUUGCCUUGAGUGUGUUUACCAUGAGGCAUUCAUUCAAAGGAUGACGGCUGCGGACUAAAAUUGGCCAGUGGCCUUUCCACACAAUGUUAGCAUUGUACUGUGCAUUUGUAAAUACUACUGAUGACUGCGUCACACAAAUACAAGUGGAGGAAACUCAUGGGAUUAUUAUUUUGUGUGACACAAACAUGUUAAUUUUGCAUGAACCUGAUGGAAAUCUGGUUGGAUUAAACCACGUCACACAUCAAGAUGUCUCCAAAUGGAGGUGGGAACUGUAAUUGCUGUUUAUUUUUUGAUGCACAGGUGGGUGACAAAUUAAAGUAAACCCAACUUUGCUCCUUAGUGCAAACUCCACAGGCUGACAUUCCCUUAAUUAGUGCUGGUGGAGAGUCCAGAACCUGCCACAGAUGUGGAGUUACACUGAGAUCACAUCUACUGAAUGUAGAAUUCAUAGCAUGUGAGUCACAUAAUGAUGUCACUCAUCGGGCUUUUUGUAAUUUGUCCCUUUUAUCCAUCCACUUAUCUCAUAUUUGGUUCAAAUGUCUACAAAGACUUGUAUUAAAUUCGUUACAUGUCCUGAAAGAGUCUUUGCUGCCAGAUGUGGCGUUCGUUGUUCAUUAAAGAUUUUUGAAACUGAA